AUGACAUCAGUUAGAGGUCCAUACCCAUAUAGUUCCAUCCUCAAUACAGGAGACCGUGAUUGGUCUUUGGAUGGACCCGGAAAGAGCGUCCAACUAACGGCCUUGCAAGCGUAUACCAGCAUCACUGCAAUAGAACUUGAAUGGAACGAAACCACCGUCAUAUCUUCACCCGGCUAUCCAUCCUACAAUGACUCGAACCUCGACCUUACUUGGGUACUCACGGCUCCAGAGGGUCACAUGCUCCAGAUACAGAUCCUGGACCUGGCCCUAGAGACGGACUACGACUACUUGUACAUUGGUUAUGGGCCUGGUCCCAAUGAACCUGGUUCUUGGGAGCUUCAGAAACUGACUGGGUAUAACUAUUCCAGUGAACCCGUUACACCCGGUCAGUCUAUGUGGAUCAGGUUUACCACGGAUGUCUCAAGGGGAGAUAUUGGCUUCAGUCUUCGUGUCACAGCUAUACUAAACCCUGAAUGCAGCAGCGGUCAAAUGCAAUGUUCUAGUGGACUGUGUAUCAACGAAUCGGCAAGGUGUGACGGAAAUAACGACUGUCUCGAUUUCUCAGAUGAGGAAUACUGUCGUAAGUUUUGA